AAAAUUCUUCCACCGACAGCCCCCAAUAGACCACCGUGAAGUUUUUCAACAAUUUUACUGCAACGAAUCGACGAUUAAAUUGGCGGAUGCUGAAUAUGUUUGAACAUAUCAAAGCUUUUUCCUCUUAACACUUUUUAAUCAUAAAUCUUAAGAAAAAUUUAUUCAAUUUGUUCGACUUUUUUGUAAUUUCUUCAAAAAAAUAUUUUUUUGUAAUUUCUUCAAAAAAAUAUUUUUUUUUGAAAGGAAAAUCUAUCAUUAUGCAACAUUGGCUCAUAUAAUCGCCAAUUUGAACCACCCGGCAAUUAAAAACUUCAGCGUAGUAUUAAUUUGAAGAGCGUCUUCCAAAACGUGCGGCGACCGCAGUGAGAGAACAUUUCUCGAAAAAUCCACCAGGAAUCUCCCUAAUUUUACCUGAAUUACGAAACGCUUGAGCACCCAUCAUGACACCCCCACUUUCGCGUCCAGCUCCCGAUUUCUCCGGAACAGCCGUAAUUAAUGGGCAAUUGCAGGAGGUAUCCCUUGGGGACUUCCGUGGGCGCUAUUUGGUACUCCUCUUCUACCCAUUGGACUUCACCUUUGUCUGCCCCACCGAGAUAAUUGCCUUCUCCGAACGCGUUGGGGAAUUCAAUGAGAUUGGCUGUGAAGUUGUGGCCAUUUCCACGGAUUCCCACUUCUCUCAUCUCGCCUGGACUCAUGUACCACGCAAGGAGGGAGGUCUCGGGAAGAUUGCGCUGCCCCUUCUCUCGGAUAAAUCCAUGCGAAUCUCCCGAGAGUACGGUGUGCUCAAUGCUGACACGGGAAUUGCCUACCGGGGGCUCUUCAUCAUCGAUGCCCAGCAACGUCUUCGGCAGAUAACUGUGAAUGACUUGCCCGUGGGGCGUUCUGUGGAUGAGACUCUGCGUCUUGUCAAGGCAUUCCAGUACACGGACAUUCACGGGGAAGUUUGCCCAGCCAACUGGCAGCCCGGGAACAAGACCAUCAAUCCGGAUACUGUGAAGUCGAAGGAAUUCUUCGAAGCUACAUUCCGCUAAAAUCCCAAAAAGGAGAAGGAACUCACAGCGAUAACCACCCAAAGAAGAAUCCCACUGAAUUUUCCCAAAAUUACCAGUAUACCAAUUAAAUGGAGUAUUACAUUGUUCGCUGUUUUAUGUUCCAUGAAGAAAAUGAAGUUACUCAAUAAAUCCAUGAUCUUAUAUUCUUAA